CAGUCUUGUUUUUUUUUGGUAAUAUAAGAAUAGAGUUGGAAUCCGGCUGCGACAACCAACAGACAUGGACAGAGAACAGAUCAAAGUCCCAGGUACAGCCAGUACAAAGUCAACUAGUCAUAUGGCUGUCACAACUUACAACGGCGCCCUCAACAAGAAAGUGCUAAAAGAUGUUGCUGCGUAUAUUUGCAAUUCUUGGAGUUGUUGCUUGUUCCACUGGCAUGGAAAAUGGUGAAUAUGUAUCUGUGAUCUUUAAAGAUCAGUCAUUGAAGAUUGUACCCGGCAAAGUUAUUCCAAACGUCGCAUGGGCUCGCUUUUCCAACGAGAUCGACAAAUCAGGAUGGAGCUAUCUUGAAGUUCACAGUAAUGGAUCAUAUCCAAAUCUGGAGCAAGCAAUGGCGGCUGGAAUGGCAGAAGGAUAUAUAACAUCAGAACUAAUGUACCAGGAUUAUAUCAAUGAGUAUGCUGGUUAUUGUAAAAGUGAGACUGAGUAUUGCAAAAGACUUGUCCAAUUUAUUGAUGAAAAUAAGAAUUGGAUGGAUCAGAAGAUGAAAGAGGAAGGUGAUGAAUACUGGAACCAAGUGCGGCUUGUUUACUACCAGCUGGAGGGUCUCAAAGAUGGRUAUCGUCUAAACAAAUCAUUGCCUGACCUCCAUGAUCUUAUUUUCUUACAUUUUCAAAUAGAUGUUGAUCUUGAGGAUUUGGAGCAAGUGUUGAAGAAGAAAAAUCCACGUCAUGUGAAGGGGUCUAACUCUAAGUGUUCUGCAUUGAUCAAACUUCUUCCUGAUAAUAAGGAAAUGUUUAUAUCACAUGCUACAUGGUUUACUUACACUAGUAUGCUGAGAAUAUUKAAACUUUAUGACCUUCCAUUUAAAUAUUCRUCUGGCAAUGGGCAAGUAAUCCCUGGUUAUAAACAAAGUUUUUCAUCGUAUCCUGGUACCUUAUAUAGUGCAGAUGACUUUUACCUCCUGAGCAGUGGAAUGGUUUCUCAAGAAACUACAAUUGAAAAUUAUAACAGUGAUUUGUGGAAAUAUGUUACACCAGAUGGUAUCCUUUGGGAAUGGCUAAGAACCAUGAUUGCUAACAGGCUGUCAAAGACACCGGCAGAGUGGACCUAUCUAUUCUCAAAGUAUAACAGUGGAACGUGUAAUAAUCAGUGGAUGGUUCUGGAUUACAAACAGUUUGUGCCUGGUCAGCCUUUAAAACCAGGAACACUUUCUAUUCUUGAGCAAAUGCCUGGCAUGACUGAGUCUGCUGACAUGACUGUAUUCUUAGAACAGAACCGCUUUUGGUCAAGUUACAAUUCUCCAUAUUUUCCUUCCAUUUACAACAUAAGUGGUUGUGAUAUAUAUCGUCAAAAAUUUGGCUCAUUUUAUGACUACAAUGAAACCCCAAGAGCUCAAAUUUUUAGAAGAGACCAACAUACAGUGACUGACUUAAACACAAUGAUGAAAUUGAUGAGGUACAAUGACUUCAAGAAUGAUCCAUUAGCCAAGUGUAAUUGCACACCACCAUACAGUGGAGAAAAUGCUAUUUCAGCGAGAUCUGACUUGAAYCCUGCUAAUGGGAAGUAUCCCAUUCCAGCAUUAGGCCAUCGUAUGCAUGGYGGUACUGACUGCAAGAUUACAUCAUCCAAAAUGUUCAAGGAGUUCCAKUGUUUAGCWGUCAGCGGUCCMACGCAUGACCAACAGCCUGUCUUUCAAUGGAGCAAAACAGAAUGGAAGCGUCCCCUUGGUCAUCCUGACAAAUUUGAUUUCUCGCCUGUUGUUGUUUCUUGGGAGAAUGAAAAUUGAACCUCAAUUGACGUUGUUACUGCAACUGUUGAUAGGCACUAAAUUUUGUAAUUUUGUAUAAUUACUUGUAAAAAGCUCCAAUUUUGAAAAAGUAGUGUAUAAGUUAAAUUGAAGAAAUAGUGACCAGUGUUGGAAAAUUAAUAGAAAGUGCUAUUGAAUAGUUUAACUUAAAUUUCGCGUUUUAGUAUCCACAAAAUGUAAAAUUAUGAUACCAUUCACAGAACAGUAGAUAAAUUAUAUUUAGUCAAGUCCAGUUUAUUAAUAACGAUUCUUAAAUACAGCAUGUGAUACAUCUAAAGUAUGUUAGGUAAACUCCAGUUUAUAUCUGUAAUCACAUACAAUAUCAUCUUGUAGUUAAUUAAAGACAAGAAAAACAA